AUGGGCGAAAGAUUAGAACGCAAGAGCCUGAAAGAGAUGGUUAGGCACUUUACACCAUCCUGGUUUAGUGUUAUCAUGGGAACAGGUAUUCUGUCAAUUCUGCUGCACAACUUUCCCUUCCAAUUCCAAGGAUUACAGACAAUUGCACUGGUGAUAUACAUUAUGAACGUUGUCAUGUUCUGUAUAUUCCUCAUCAUUACCAUUGCAAGAUACGCCAUCUGGCCGUCUAUUAUUCGACUGGUGCUGGAGCAUUCAAACCAAAGUUUAUUUAUUGGAACCAUGCCAAUGGGUCUCACCACCAUCACCAAUUUCACAGUUAUUGCAGUAGCGGAUAAAUACGCCUGGGGACUCGAUCUAGCGUUUGUGCUGUGGAUCAUUGAGUAUGUACUGACUAUUCUGACGGUUCUGGUUGUGCCGUACUUUGUUAUCGUGCAUCACAAUCAUGCACUGGAGACUAUGAACGGCACUUGGCUUUUACCUAUUGUCCCUUGCGUGGUUGCUUCUGCUUCGGGUGGUUUACUGGCUCAGUAUCUGGAUCAAGAUCGUGCUUUGGUUGUCUUAAUCAUAUCUAUCAUCACGAUGGGAAUGGGCCUACUGUUAGCCUUUUCUGUCAUUGUGAUCUAUUUCUAUCGAUUAAUAGUAAACAAAUUGCCGCCCAAAGAAGUGAUCAUCAGUUCCUUUUUACCGUUAGGUCCGCUGGGACAAGGUGCGUAUGGUGUGAUCCAGCUAGGCAUUGCAAGUAAAACAGUGUUGGCCGAUCGAUUCAUUGUAGGUUUGGGCGAUGUUGCUUAUUCUGUGGGGUUCCUGACAGCCCUGUUUCUAUGGGGUUAUGGUGUUUGGUAUUUCGCAGUAGCUACCUUCUCUGUGGGUAUAACUACAAAACAAGGCAUUCCCUUCAAUAUGGGCUGGUGGGCUUUGACCUUCCCAUUGGGCGUAUUCACCACAGCAACGUUGAGUAUUGGCAACAUCCUCAACUCCAUGUUCUUUUGGGUAUUGGGUGCUAUCUUCACAUGUGUAUUAGUUUUGCUGUGGUUGGCUGUCAUGGCAAAAACGCUGAAAGGAAUAUUCACUGGUGAAAUGUUUUAUGCACCUUGCUUAUCUCCUGUAAUUAUGAGCUCGUAA